AUGGAUGAAAUUACCGAAGAGGAAGAGUUUGACAUUUCUCCUCGAAUGUUUGUUAAUAAUUUGGACACUUUUCUUAGUGGCUCAUUGGCUCAGCAUUUAGCAACAUGCAAACCUGGACUUGCCCUGAGUGAAGAUGAAAUGGAGGAGGAAGAAAAUGAAGUGGCAAAUCUUGUUGAGCAAGAAUCACCUGGAACAACUAAUCUUACUGGAUAUCGUGUGGUUGGGACUCUUUCCAGUCCGAACGUUUUAAACCCACCAAAUUAUGUUGAAGCCACAUUAAAAGUGAGCAAACAUCCAACAUUUGAAGAGGAGGAACACGCCAAACGAAAGCCUCACCCUCUUUACAGAAGACAGUUUGAGGCGGAACAAGCCAUUUACAAUCUGGGCAAAAAGCAUAAGAGAAAACUUGCUAUAUAUGUUAUCGCCAGUGGAAUUCCUUAUGGUGGGCGAGAAGACAUAUUUGAACAAUUUUUCCUUUCAAUUUCUAGGAAAUUCAGCACUGGGGAGGUUCGCAAUCUUAACGAAUUUGAUCUGUUGCGUCUCAGAGAUGUUUCUAAAGUUCAAGUUGACCAACUUAUGAUGGACAUUGUCAUCAAUACGCCAACACUUGACGAAGAUCUUCAAAUUCCAUGGCAAUGUGAAGAUGGAAUAAUAGCAAAUAUUGAUAGAUUGGCCAAAGAAUACCUCGAAGCAAAAAAUAUUAAGCCUCUUCGAAUUCUUAUUAUUGGAGCUCCUUUUGCCGGGAAAUCAACAAUUGCUAUGGCUUUGGCACGUCAUUAUGGACUCCACUAUAUCCACAUUACACCUGUUCUUAUGGAGGCAUAUCUUCGACUUGUAAGUUGA